GGCUGAUGGUGUAAACUGCAUUAACACCCUGCAGGAAAACUACCACUAAUUUACGUAGCCAGUCAGAGUGAGAUACGCUCUCUUGUGUUUCUGCUGCCGCUCGCUCUGCUGCAGAGGAGUCAGAACACCUCGGAGACUUCAUCUGGCUCACCCUAUACCCAAUGGGGGAAAGGUGAUUUCGGAAACUGAAUGGAUCAGAAGCAUUAUUGGAAGACGUGGAUAUAAGCAAUUCAGCAAUCGUUUGUCGAGAUGGGGCUGUUAGAUGAAGACAUUGCCUUCCACUCAAACAUCCCUGUGCCACUGGAUAUAACCGUGGCUGUGGUCUACUCUGUUUUUGGAGUAUUAUCACUGUUUGGCAACAGCACGCUGCUGUACGUCUCCUUCAAGAAAAAGCACCUUCUGAAACCAGCAGAGUACUUCAUCAUCAACCUUGCCAUUAGCGACUUGGGCCUGACUCUGUCCCUCUACCCCAUGGCGAUAACUUCAAGCUUCUACCACAGGUGGCUGUAUGGGAAAACAUUGUGCUAUAUAUAUGCUUUUUGUGGCAUGUUGUUUGGCAUCUGCAGUCUGACUACUCUGGCCCUGCUCAGCAUCGUGUGCUUUGUAAAAGUAUGUUGUCCACAUUAUGGUAACAGGUUUAACUCUGUUCACGGCCGUCUGCUCAUUGCCUGUGCUUGGUUCUAUGCCCUGUUGUUUGCCGGCUCUCCGCUGGCCAACUGGGGGAAAUAUGGACCUGAGCCUUAUGGCACCGCCUGUUGCAUUGACUGGCGCCUGUCUAAUCAGCACUCGACAGCACGUUCCUUCACUGUGGCACUGUUCAUCUUUUGCUACAUCCUUCCAUGCUUUGUUAUUGUAGCGUCUUACUCGUGCAUUCUGGUCACAGUGAAUGUAUCACGUAGAAAUAUGGAGCAGCAUGCAUCGAGGAAGACACACAUGAGCAGCAUCCAGACAAUUAUAAUUAAGUUAAGUGUUGCUGUCUGCAUCGGUUUCUUUGCGGCAUGGAGUCCGUAUGCUGUGGUGUCCAUGUGGGCUGCCUUUGGUCACGUUGAGAACAUCCCUCCUCUGGCAUUUGCUUUGCCAGCCAUGUUUGCCAAGUCGUCCACCAUCUACAACCCAAUCAUCUACCUAAUGCUGAGGCCAAACGUUCGCAAGGUGAUGCGCACGGACCUUGUUGCUCUAUGCCACGUCUUUCUGAAUUGCUGUCAAUGCACCCAGGGGUCAGCAAAUUGCUGCUCCAAGACAGAGGUCAGGGUCCGAAUUCGCUCAAUCCACAGACAGACAAACCCAUUCCCUUCAUCCAACUACUCUGCUCAACCUCCUAUAGAAACAAUACACUGCAAGGAUCCUUUUGAAUGCUUCAGACACUACCCUCAAAUGUGCAGCGUCACUAACCCUGCCAAUGAAGACCCAUCUAAAGAUCUAGAUAAUACAAUUGCCCAAACACAAAAGCAGAAGACUCAAAAUGUUUGCAAAAAGUCACACAAAAAGUCUCUGCUGGCCAUCAUGUGUGCAAAAAGGACUUCAGAAAUAGACAACUUUCAUAUUAAUUUGGAGAUGGUUCCAGGCCAUGCAAAAGUCGCUUGGCCUUGAUAUUGAUCUCAAUUUACAAUGUUUACAGAAUAUCUUUGGACUUAUUUUGCAAGUUAUGUUCUUUAAGAUGUGGCAUUCAUUCAUUUAUAUAUUUCAGGAAAUCUUGUUCAGCAAUGUACCGUAUGCUCCUUGUAGCUCAUUUAUCUUUUGUGACCCACUAUAUUUUUAUUUGGUUAAUAUGACAGAGUAGUAUUUAAUCAUUUGAAGUGAAUGUAAUUUACAAUUUGUUAUAUUUGCACUGAAUUCUUAUUUUUUGCCUUGCAAUUGGCAGUGUAUCGCCUUUUGAGUCAAACCACCCUCAAAAUGAUUGUGCCAGGGCUACGUGGCUCAAGAUGGAUAGGAUUGGGACUUUUAUCAAAGUUGACAAAAAGUGCCAGUUUUUAUACUUUUUUUCAGAUUCAGGUAACAUCUACGAAAGUCUCCAAAUUCAUAGACUAGAUUUAAGGUGUUGAGGAAUUGUAGCAACUUAAUUUUAAAUCUAUAUUUGACUGCCUAAAACAUUCCGUGUAGCACUACUGGCAGCAUCCUCUUUGUGGAAUUACUGUACCUGUGUAUUACCUUAAAAAUGCUAGAUUUAAUGAAGAUUUCCUAUUUUACUUUGACGUUUGCAUAAGCUUGGUCAAAUUGGAUGGGUAGCAAGUUUCAACAUAAUUGGAAGAAUACUGUUUAUACUGUGACAGUCAAUUGAAGCUCCAGAAAACUUGAUUUUAAUGUUGUUUUCUAAUCGUCAAAUAUCAACGGUUGAAUCUGUAUGUUUAAAAGUAAAAAAAACAUUAUAACAACAUAAUAUUCAUUAUGAGCCUGCAACAAACAAAGAUAAUAUCAUCUGUUUAAUCAGGACUGUAUGGAUGUGGUUUGAUUGACUGUGAUAAAACAAUAACUAUUAUCAGAUGAUGGUUCAAAUAUUGCUAAAUCCAUAUCGGUGCAAACAUAACAGUUUUUUUUCAAAUAAGCCCAACACAUCUCAAAUCAGUGACGGUAGCUUCAGGAAAAAUAAACACACAAAGCGGGCAUUUGAUAUAACCAAUACUGAUUUAACUUUGAAAAUAAUAAUAAUGGCAAUAAAGGCAAAUGUGAGUGGGACAAAGAACUGAUAUACAGAAGUAUACCAUGUUGUAGAAAUGAUUGUACAGUUUUGACUGCUCACUACAAAGUAAUUAUCUAAUAUAAAUACAUAACAUAAAAAAUGUACGCUUUAACUGUUGAGCCUACAGUUAAGAGUCAUUUUAAAGCUAACAUUCUGCACUUUAAAGACAUGGAUACUUGAUUAGCAAGUACUUGUAGACCCUAUUAAGGGCUUGAUAUUUGAUUUAGCAAUCUGCUGUUGCUGUUAUCUUAGUAAAGCAUGGGUUAAACCUCAGGCAAUUGGCUGCUAACUGCGGGUGUCUGCUGAUUAUGAGCAACUAAUACAGUAUCUAUCAUUUGUAUAGUUUCUAUACUUUGAUACCAUGAGUCUCACUGUUCUACACAGAUUUGUCCUGGAUGAUGGCGUUGCAGGAGAACAAAAAUACAACUCAUUUCAAAAGUGGUAAAAUCAUCAUUACCCUGCCCUACCUCUUAUUGUUUACAUGUGACAACUGCAGGUUUACAGUUCAUGGUGCUUGAUCAAUUAUCCAUGUACUCACUGUAAAACAAAAUGUGGCACCAUAAAACGAUUGUUAUGGUACUGCACAUUAAUGUCUAUCUAUCUGUAUUUAGUGAAUUCAAGUCAAUAUUUUUGUAUACAAUGAAAAUGGGAUGUCUUUAGUUGUUUUGUAUCAUAUGUUUGUCACUACAAUAGAGGGAAAUGGAAGAAAGACAUGAAACAAACAAUCAAUGCAAUCUAAUAUGCAGCUGCAGAUCAAUGUAAAAGUGGAAAAAGACUAUCAAGUUCAUGCUGUUUGUAAUUGUUGUCGUUUGUUAAUCCAUUAUAAAGUUAACACGACUGGAAUAUGACUUAUGCAUUCUCUCAGGACCAAAUAUCUGACGGAUCAAACAUUUAUUUUUCAGACACUCACUGAAUUAUUAACCGCACAUUAUCCGGUAGACCAACUGCUGUUUCAUCUUUUCUAAUUACAAUCUUACGAAAUGUCCUUAUUGUCAUGUUAAAUAUGUCGCUGAUGCAAGGCAUGCUGUUUUAAUUAACAAAAGUAUUUAAAUUAAACAACAGGGUGCCAUUUUAAUAUCAUGCAUAGAUUUAUAGAACCUGGAUGUAAUUACUUUAAAAAAACUAGAAAGCCUGUUCACAUUUGUAUACCAGGACAUUAUUAAUUAUCAUUCAUGGGUUGAAAGGAAUCACUGUCAUAGUGUUUAGUGGAGAUAAUAUAAAACCUACCAUGGGAAAGAGAACAGCAGUGGCUAUCACUACAGCUCAUCAUCAGAUCACCAUCAUCUGUAAUCCCUUUAAUGGAAGUUCAAACGGUAUUUUAAUGAAAACAGAAAGAGAAAAUUAGUCUUCCCAUCAGGUGUAUUGGGGAAGUAAAAAGAAAAUAAUCCACUGUUUAGAAUAUCUACAUACUACAACACUUCCAUGCCCAUAUUUAAAUGAUAGUCUGUCAUUGUAUGCAGAGCCCUUUAGAUUCUAAUGUGGGGUUUUAAUGUCAUCAUUGUGUAUGUCGGAUCAAAAAUACAAAAUAAUUGAUGUUAUUGUACAUUUCGACUUCAGUUAUGUGGCUUGUCUUGAAGGGCAAUUAGCUUUUGAGUGAUGUGAUAUUUAGGAAGUCCCAAUUCCAUACUGUUUACUGCAUACAGUAAAUAUAUAAUAUUUGAGUAUAUUGUCUUAGCAUUAGAAAAUGUCCAAAUACUUAAUUAUUUGAAAGAAAAUGAUACAAAAUGUUAAUCAAACAGCAACCUUUAAAAGACUGCAAUCCAAACUUCUAAAUACAUCAAGACAGAUCAUUUAAAAGUAAUUAACAUUGAAGUUCAAUUAUUUGUUUCUUUAAAAGCUUUUCACAAAACAGUUUGUUCAUUUUUCUGUCCCUCUCUGAACACUUUUCAAUUUACUUUGCGUAUGGUACUGUGAAUAAAAGUGUUAAUCAAGACAAAAGUAAAUAAGUAUUUUUGACAAAAUUCUCAACGUACCCUGAGAUUAUGGAUGACGUCUGAAAUAGGGAUACAGAUACAGUACAGUGUAUAAUUGAAGUCUAAACUCAGUCAUUUAGAAGUGACAGCUCUGUUAUUGUUUUUAUUACAUAGAUAUCAGUCAACGAGUAGCAGGGGAUUCCAUCUGUUGGAAAUACUAAUAUAAAAGUAAAACCAUCUUAAAAGUGUGUCGUGCCAUCCACGUAACAGAUGAAAUUAAUUUACUUUGGGAUUGUAUUAACAUUUGUUCAGUUUAUUUAGAAUGUCCAAGUGGCUUUUAAAAUACAUCUGGUUUUGGGUAAAGCUUGUUGAGUAUUUGAAGAAGAACACAAUGAAGACUUUUUUUGUAAUUAAAAAGGAACAAAACAUAAAAUCAUCUCAAAGAAAAUAUCAUCUUUGGAUGGAGGACAAAUCUUGUAAUUGAAAAUGCUAUACAGUACACCACAGCAGCUUAUCAGUUUAAAGGCAAUCUGAUAUAAUGAGAGUGAAUCCACACACUGAUCAUUCAAAGAAAUAGCUAAAUGCCUAGUCUUUCUGUUUGUGUUGGGAUGUAAUAA